AUUAUCCUCUUCCUUUACUUCUUUCUCUUUCUACAUACUCUCUUUUUAUCAUGAACGACGUCUUACCUUCAGAAGUCAAACAUACUAGUCGUUUUACUGAACAUUUUGAUAUUAUCUUUCCACCAACAUCAUUUGAACCUUUUAUUUUGACUGAUUCCAAAGAACAUGGUAAAAUACAACAAAGGUCCAUGAGUAUAUCAGCAGCCACAAGACCUUCUCCUUUUUCUCCACCUGUACGUAUGCGAUCGAGUCCUGCUAUUACUACUGUACCAAUAGAUAUUUCAACCACUUUGGACGACAAUAAUGAUAAUAAAAAGAUACCUGCCUUGAAUCCCUCCACUUCCCACAAACAUAAUAUAAAACAACAACAACAACAACAACAACAAGUAGCUUUACUUUAUAAGGAUUAUGCAUCUAGUACAACCAAUCGAGCGGAUAUUAUGAUUAAACGGCUUAGUAACUGGAUAGUCUUUUUAAAAUUGGCUUCAGGAUGGUUGGAUGAAAUUGUGAAAAUGACAGGAUCAAGUACUUUCAAGAAACAAAAGAAAGAAAAUCCUGAACUCUAUGAUCAAAUUAACAAGAAGCGAAAGGAAUGUCAAGGAAUCGUAUCAAGUUUCAAAAAAGAAUGUCGUGAAAAAAUCCAAGCAUUGAAAAGCAAUCCUGCAUUACAAAUGGAAGAACUUUUAUUACGUGCCAAUGAAACAAAAAAACGAAUGACUCAUUUAUCCAAGCUUUGUGAAUAUGCCGAUGAUCAAAAACAUCCUCCUUCCCCUGAAAUGGAUCCAUGGUUGGCAAAUCUACAGGUUCUUCGUUACUUGAAACGUGAAACAAAUGAAGAAAAUCGAUUACGAGAAUUAAUGGUACCUAUUCAACAAGAUAUGAAAGAGUUCGAAUCAAGACUGACAAAUGCUUUGGAAACUUUAAUUGGAUUCUGCGUCGAUUUACAAACUACGGUAGUGCAAUAUGGGACAACACGAGAUCAAGUUCUUGCACAUUUUUUACCUCAACAUACGUGGCAAGCAUUCAUGACAGCCCAACAAAAGGAUUGGGUGGAUGAGGAUCAUAUCAAAAAGAAUUAUCUUCAAAUCAAUUACCCAAAUAAACAACAUACUCAUGUGGCCACUGUACAAAAAGGAUUACUUGGUAGACGUACUGGAGUUCUGAAGCAAUAUCAUACAAAAUAUUAUGUCUUAACUCAUUAUGGUUAUCUACAUCAAUUCAAAUUGGACGAUAAGGUGAAACCUGAAAGCUCAAUUUAUAUAUCAUCAGCGACUAUCCAACCAACUAUCAACGAUGAUGAUGAUGACAGUUUAUUGAAUGGCAUGACUGAGGAAAUGGGCAACAAUAAUGACAACAAUGAAAAAGGAAGUAGCGGAUAUAUAUUUGAAAUUCAACAAAAACGCAAGAAUUAUCACUUUAGAACAACAACCGGUGCAGAGUUGGUUGCUUGGUGUCGAGCUCUUACCAGUGUUGCCAAUGGAUCAUCGGUUGAAAAACUCUUGGAACGACGGAAACAAAAGCAAGCGCAAUUAUUGUGGAGAAAGCAACAAGACAACAAUAGUAGUAUCACCAGUGCCAGCACCAGUCUACACCAUCAACGACAACAACAAAAAGAAGAACAGCAACAACAAUUGCAACAGCAACAACAACAACAAUUAUUAUCAGAACAAGGCUACCAACAAGAGCAUCUGGAACAAAAAAUACGACAUGAUGAACAGGGCGACGAUGAUGAAGCGGAUGAUGAUGAUGAUGUAUCCUAUUUCCAUUCAAUCCAUUCAAACAACAGUAGUAUCAGUAGUUUAGUGAAUCCAGCCCUAACAGAAAGCGAUAUCAUCUCUAUGGACAUUGCAGACACUAUCGUAACAAGUUCAAACGACAAUCAUCUUCCUGGUGUAACAUCAUUCGUGUCUCCAGCAUCUACAGCAGUGAACGAAGAAUCAGGAUUGUAUUUCUCAUCCACAUCCUCUCCCUCUUCUAGUUCUUCCACAGCUCCCACUGCAACACUCUCUUCUGGUCUACAACCCACAUCGUUAUCGCCACCUCCUGCUUCCAAACGCGCUAUUCAUACUUAUCAAGCAAAUUUGAAUAUCCCUCAUCAAUCUAUAGUGUAAUCUUUUUAUUUUAUUAAUUAUAUCAUUUUUAUCUAAUGUACAUUAUUAUAUUCCUC